AUGGUUAAGACUACCUAUGCGCUUACGGUCUUUGCUGCCGUGAGCAUGGCGGCUCCUAUGGCGCCGAAUGGCAAUGAUUAUACGGGCGUGGAGCCGAUGCGUCGCGAUGGUACUGGCAAUCUCAUCGGGGCCGGUGCUGACGGGUCUCUGAACCAGCUGGUUGGCCAAGCCUAUUCCAACCUGAAGAAGCAGAAUGCUGAUCUAGCUCGGCAAAAGACUCCUAAGCAGAAGGGUGAAGUCGCUGAGGCGGCGAAGCACCAGAAGGCUGGUAUUCUCCAGGGAUUGCCCUUGAUCGGUGGUCUUCUCGGCGGACGCAGUGUCGAGGAGGAGGUGCACGCUCGCUCUUUCACUGGCGAUCUGAGCAACUUCCCAAUCUUGGGUGAACUGUUCGGUGGUAACCAAGACAAGACCCAGAACAGCAACAAGCCUCUUGGUGACGGCGAUGCCAUGCCCGCCGUGGCUACUCGUUCAUACCAUGGCCAGAACUACGGCCAGAACUAUGGCCAGAAUGCCGGACAGAACGCUGGUCAAAAUGCUGGUCAGAACGAAGGGCAAAACGAAGGUCAAAACUGGCUGCAGAACUACGCUCAGAACCACCGCCGCGAUCUGACUAGCGAGCUGAGCAGUCUGCCUAUCAUUGGCAGCCUUCUUGGUGGAACCCAGAAGAAGGAUGCCACCAAGCGUGACAACGAGGCUAAGCCCGAGAGCCUCGGUCUGCUCUCUUUCGUGAAGCAGCUUACCUCCGGAGGCUCCGAGACGAUCAGCCACCGCCGCCGCGAGGUGGGUGGCACCGAUGCUGGUAUCGGCGACACUCGCCGUGACCUCUUCGACGUGCUCAAGACCCCGCAACAACCUGCCGAAGAGCAAAAGGGCGACAAUGCCAAGGCCGACCAAAAGCCUGCCCAAGACGAUAAGCAGGCCCUCGAGGCUCCGUUGAAGGAACUCUUCAGCGAGAGUGGACUGGGCGGACUGGUUGGAAAGGCGAACCACGGUGUUGGUAUCCUCCCGAUGAAUGGCCGUCGUGAUGUGACUGUCGAGCCUCGCGCUGAGCCUAUUCAGGGUGCGACGCUGCCAGAUGUUCUUCUUAAAGGCGGUGUUUUGGAGGAUGUUACUUCGGCGUUGUCGCUCGGUGGGCUUGCGCCUGCCAGUCAGUAA